AUGUUGCGGAAGUUGUUGCUAUCGUUAGAGAUAUUUUUACUGAUUUUAUUCUAUUGUUGGGCACAAGACGAUCCAUGUACGGCACGUGCACCAAAGAAAUUGUCGAACGCCAUAGACGAUUGUAGAGCCGACAAUGCGACCGCAAAAGUGUGUAACAAUCGUGGCCAGUGCAUUUGUGGUUUUUGCGAGUGUUUUUAUCGAGCCGAUCCAACGGAAAAGAUUUAUGGGAAAUAUUGCGAGUGCGACAAUUUCUCAUGCGAUCGCGUCAAUUCACGGCUGUGCAAUGGUCAUGGAAUUUGUGCAUGUGGUACCUGUCAUUGCUCAUCAGGAUGGACCGGUGCUGGUUGCGAUUGCAACACGUCCACAUCUGGUUGCAUAGAUCCAGAAAAUAGUGAUGGACUUUGUAAUGGUCAUGGAGAUUGCGUUUGCGGGGAAUGUAACUGUCGGGAGGAUCAAGAUGGAAGAUAUACCGGCAAAUAUUGUCAAAGAUAUAAAAAAAAAUGA